UGGCAGAAGCGGCGCCCAUGGCGGAGCAGCGCGUUUCGCGCUGGUACUUCGGCGGCCUCGCGUCGUCCGGGGCCGCCUGCUGCACCCACCCCUUGGAUCUGCUGAAGGUCCACCUGCAGACACAGCAGGAGGUGAAGAUGAGGAUGAUGGGGAUGGCGAUGCACGUGAUCCGCACCGACGGCUUCCUGGCUCUCUACAACGGGCUCAGCGCCUCACUGUGCCGGCAGAUGACAUAUUCCUUGACCCGCUUUGGCAUCUAUGAGAGCGCGAAGAAACACCUGGGCCAGGGAGGCCAGGGGCCUCCCCCCUUCUACCAGAAAGUGCUCUUGGGUGCAACAGGAGGUUUAGUUGGCGGGUUUGUGGGGACCCCGGCGGACAUGGUGAACGUCAGGAUGCAGAACGACAUGAAGCAGCCGCCGUCUCAGCGGCGCAAUUAUGCCCAUGCCCUGGAUGGCAUGUACCGUGUCCUCCGGGAAGAGGGCGUGAAGAAACUCUUCUCAGGAGCAUCGGUGGCAUCAUCCCGUGGGGCCCUUGUUACUGUUGGGCAGCUUUCCUGUUAUGACCAGGCCAAGCAGCUGGUUCUCGCAACUGGAUUGCUGUCAGACAAUGUCUUUGCUCAUUUCCUGUCCAGCUUUGUCGCUGGCAUAUGUGCCACAUUCCUGUGCCAGCCCCUGGAUGUGCUCAAGACCCGCCUCAUGAACUCCCACGGAGAGUACCAGGGUGUCGUCCACUGUGCCAUGGAAACUGCCAAGCUCGGCCCGCUUGCCUUUUACAAGGGCUUCGUUCCUGCUGCUGUCCGGCUCGUUCCUCAGACUGUUCUCACCUUCCUCUUCCUGGAGCAGCUGCGCAAAUAUUUCGGGAUCAAAGUGACCAGCUGAGUCCAAUGGACUGGACCCUGCCUUGCCCCAGGGGGGUGAGCGUGUGGGUCACCUCCAAGAUCCCAGAACCCCUCUCUGCUCUUUGGGGCCAGUACCAUUCCCCCUCUUCUCAACUCUACUCCUGUGCCUUGCCAGCACCUGUGGCCAACCCCUCUUUUGCAAACUCACUUCUUACCCCCAUUCUCAGCAUCUCCACCUCUUCAUUACUGCUUCUGGGUUUCUUUUGUGGGGGGGAUUUCUAUCUUCCCACUUCUCUACUGGCACUGAGUUCUGUCCUUGCCCCCCCUCAGCCUUGUCCCUGAUGUGCUCCAGAAGCAGGACUGUGCUGUCUCAGGGAGUAGGGAGAUCAGAUGCCUGGCUCUGUACCUCAUCACAGAGCCCAUGGGGCUGGGGGUGCUGCUGACCCUGCAGCUGUGGGACUGGGGCUUGGGGCAGUGUGUGUGAGACCCUGUCCUCACUCUGCCUUUAGCUCCUGUGCUCCUCCCUAACCCCAGCACAGCUUGGACCUCCUGCCCUGCUCCUGGCCUCCCACUCUCAGCUUCUGCUUGGCCAAAACUCCUCAGCACCGCUGGCUGCUGGGCUCUUCAGGGAUUGUGCCUCAUACCAAUGAUGGUGGGGAACAUGGCCUUGCUCUGGCAGGGCCUGGUAAUGCCUGCUUGGGGACCCAGUACUCGCUUACCACAGUGCACCUACUCCACACUGGAUCCGGCCUCUGUGGGGGCAUCCUCCACCACCACUCUGCAGCCUCACUCACCUUGGGGCUGGGCAGACCCCCACCCCUCACAGCCCCUCACCCCACACUGCCCAGUGUGUGGGGGCUGUGAGCACCAGCCCCUCCACUAUGUGCACCUGUGUGUGCUGACCCCAAGGAAUCUAAGAACUGGAAUAUCUGAGACCUUGAUGUAUAAUAAAGAGUGAAGGUGGCA